AAUAUGUCGCUGGGUGAUGACGUCACUAUAGAGCUUCACGAAAGCAAUGGCAUCCCAUGCUAGCGAGCUUGAAAUCGCAAAGAAGAAUUUAACUGAUGCAAUCGGCGAUAAUGUGAAACAUUACUGGGCCAACCUGAAACUAUGGUUCAAGCACAAGAUCAGCAAGGAGGAGUUUGACGUUGAGGCACGACGUCUGUUGGCGCAGGAAAAUGUGCAUGUUCACAAUGACUUCCUCCUGGCCAUUCUCACACGAUGCCAGAUCAUCGUCUCCACACCCGAGGGCGCUGGACAGUUACAAUGGCAAGGUGGCUCUGCUUCCAAGCCAGGCAAACCCAAAGGAAAGAAGAAAUGUUCUUCCAGGCAGAAAUUUGAUCAUCGUUUCCAGCCUCAGAACCCCCUGAGUGCGGCGCAACCGUUCAGCCCUCGGGAGGCGGUCGGCGAGGAUGAGGAGCUGCGACUCAGUGCCCACACUCUGCUCUUGCCCACCCGGGGCCAGCUGGAGGCCCGCAUGAUGGUGACGGCCUUUGAGCUGGGCCUGGAUAACAUCACAGAGGAUGCGGUUACUGCAAUGACCUGUGCCGUGGAGCACCACUUGAAAGAUGUUUUGACUGCUGUGAUUUCGCGGAGGAAAGCAUAUCGCAUACGGGACGGUCAUUUUCCUUAUGCUUUCGGCAGUGAUGUCACACCGCAGCCUUAUCUAAAGAACAGCCUUGCUGCAUAUCACAGCGUCACCGAAUGCCCUCCUCCAAGUGCUUCUCUGCCUGCCGGUCCACCACCUCAAAUCUCCCCAGAUGAGGCAGAGCAGCAAGCUGUUCACUUGUUGGCUUGUUCUGCUCACAGUCUCCACACGGCCCUUCCGCCCGUCACCAUGUUUGACCUCCUGGAGGCCUUACAGGUUCACCACGGAGUGAUGCCCUCCCACACCAUGUAUGCUCUGAAUAUGGAGCGCAUCCUGUCGCGGCUCUGGCACCCCAGCCAUGAAGAACUAGAGCAGGACCACGUGCACAGGCAGCGUCUUGCUGCCAAAGACGGCGUGAUGAUCAGCUGAGAUGUUGAUGGACACAGUCUGCGCAAAUAAGUGGCACAUAAACUUUGUCCUCUACUGAGAAUGGAGAAAACUGAAAAACUUACGUAUGUGGGCAAGCUGAAGCAAGAUGAUCAAUGGAACAAGAUGAAGCUAAAAAAGAUGGAUGGUGGACACACAGUCUGCUCCAGUCUUCAAGCCUCGUGCUGGCAAAGUUUCAUCGUGCUGAGUGAGAAUUGUGUUUAAAGUGUUUAGUUUUAGCAGCAGCUCCUUCUGAGGCAAUACAGUGUUCCUGUUCAUGUAGUGGUGGCUCAUUUAGUUCAAGAAGCGUGUACUUGAACAAAACAAAUAUCAGAAAAUAUACUUGAGAUAUAUAUGAAAGUGGCUUGAACAUAAAUGAAAGGUAUUAUCUACUCAUGCUGAUUAGAUGGUAUCUCAUGGCAUCACUAAAAGCACUGUUAUAAUGAUCCUUUUAAGACCUGGCACUCCCAGCAGUGCUAAAAGCAGGUGUGGGGUAUUAAAAGGUAGCCGGAUUGCUGCUUGUCCUGUCUCAGCUCUCUUCAAUGUAUGUUUAAAGUGUUCUUAAAAUAUUUACCGGGUUUGAUUGGCGGGAAAGUGUAUGACCUUGUUAGCGGUCCUGUGUGCAUGUGUAUAUAAGGGGAAGAGUGUUUGUAUGUAAUGCCAAUGAGGGUUACAUUUUCUAUACUAUCUUUUGUACUUUGUAUUGACUGAGCAGAGAAUAAAUAACUACAUAAAAUUAACAUU